AUCAUCACCAUUCGCCACAAAACUCUGUUUUUUGCCUCAUUUGUUUUGCGGAGAGGAAAAGAUGUCGGGCAUGGGAGACGGGUACGUGGGCACCGCCCAAGACGCCGUUCGUAUACGGCGGUUGGAGAAGCAGAGAGAGGCGGAGCGCCGCAAAAUCCAAGAGCUCAAAACCAAGUCCGCCUCCGCCAAGGGCCAACCCGGCCUCCUCCAAUUCGGUUCCAGCACUUCCGAGAUUCUAGAGACCGCCUUUAAGAAGGAAACUGUGGGAUUGGUCACUAGAGAGCAGUAUGUUGAGAAGAGGGUUAACAUUCAGAGCAAAAUAGAGGAGGAAGAGAAAGAGAAACUUCAGAAGCAACAGCAAGAGGAGGAGGAGCUUCAGUUAGAAAAGCGUAAAAAGAGGAAGAUCAAGGGCAAUUCUCGAUUGUCCUUCGCUGAGGAUAUUGACAAUGAUGAACCCCAAGAGGAGGAACCAUAUCAUAAUAUUCUGGAAGCAAAUAGACUACGGCGUGGCAAGCUUGGUAAAGAUCCUACGGUUGAAACUAGCUUUCUACCUGACAGUGAGCGAGAGGCUGAGGAGCAAGCUGAGCGUGAAAGGCUGCGGAAACAAUGGCUUCGUGAGCAGGAGCAAAUUCGAAAUGAGCCUCUUGAAAUCACAUACAGCUACUGGGAUGGAACUGGCCACAGGCGUGUGAUCCAGGUACGCAAAGGUGACAGUAUUGGAGAGUUUCUCCGAGCAGUUCAGCAGCAACUUGCGCCUGAAUUCCGAGAGAUUCGAACAACUUCAGUAGAAAAUUUGUUAUAUGUGAAAGAAGAUCUUAUCAUUCCUCAUCAACAUAGCUUCUAUGAGCUAAUCGUGAACAAAGCUAGAGGCAAAAGUGGACCACUUUUUCAUUUUGAUGUGCAUGAGGAUGUACGAACAAUUGCUGAUGCUACUAUAGAGAAGGAUGAGUCUCAUGCUGGGAAGGUUGUAGAAAGGCACUGGUAUGAAAAGAACAAGCAUAUAUUUCCUGCUUCAAGAUGGGAGAUAUAUGAUCCAACGAAGAAAUGGGAACGUUAUACUAUCCACGGGGAUUGAUUUGAGGCUGCCAAGUAAUAUGCAUUUCGUUCGCUGCCUUGAUCAUCAGCUGAGCCUUCACGUACCAUUUUGUUGAUUAAUGCUAUAAUUAGUCAUUUCAGUGUUGGGAUUGACUAGGUUUUGUUUCUGAUUUAUUGUAGAAAACUUGGAUAAUUAGUCAUAUAUCUGUAUCACAGAGGACAAUUAGGCACAGCUGUCUUGUCAAAUAAGUCAACUUUUAACUUAUUUGACCAGCUUAUAAAUUUGUUUAAGCAAAUUAAUAGGUUUGGUAAAAAAGUUUGUUUUAUUAUAUUUGAUUAAACUAUUAAUUAUUAAUAUGCUAACUUGAAAUUUA